AUGAAUCUAGUGUGUCAACAGUGCAAGAAGUCCUUGCAGCUCGAUGCAUCACUCGUCGAUCUGUCUCCGUCUGCGUAUGAUAUGGUAGCUGCGUCUUUGCCGCCGGUCCCUACAAGUAAUGCAAGGCAAGCCUCGGAAGCUGAGAAGCUGGCUCAGCUUCCGUCUCCAGCAUCAGUCAAGGCAGCAUGGCAGCAAUCUACCCAAGGCAGAGCAGCUUCUCCUUGUACACUGUCACCUCGUGCCCAGUGGAAGCAGCCACAGAGCGUGCCCGCGCUUCCUAACGAAUCUUUUGUACUUCUGCAAGAUAGCGUCAUACGGAAUAUACCUGAACCUCUCCCCUCUCAUGCGAAGAGGGCGUCCUACACAAAGCCCCGGGGUGGCAAUCAUUCCGCUACAGUACCAGUAUCAGUUCAAGAGCCUGCUAAUCAGCCAAAUCCAUCCCCUCUUUCGCACCAUCUUCGUUCUACACUGCGCCUUUUCAAUCUGCUAUCAAGCCGCACUGACGUUGAUCAUCCCUUAUGCUCUGAAUGCACACACAAUUUGCUAUCCAAUCUAAAUCGGCAACUCGAAGAGACCAAGAAAGAACGUGAUGGGUACAUUGCCUUUGAGAAGGAAGUCCGCAAGGAGAAAGAACGUGAAGGUGAUGGCAUGAGCAAAGAAGAAGCCGAAAUGAAGAUAGGAAAGCUCAAGGAGGAAGAAAGUCUCGCCGUCGAGAAGCUUCAAGCUGCCGAACGGGAACGAGAACAGUUGAAUGAGGAGCUCAAGGCGCUCGAAUUGGAAGAGAAGGCGUUAGAGGAGGAGGAAGCGGAGUUUUGGAGAAUACAUAACACUCAUUUACUGAAGUUAGAUGAGCAAGCUUCGCAGCUAGCCGCCCUUCGCGCAGCGUACUCCGCAGAUUCCUCUACCCUUGAGAAACUUGAACGUACCAAUGUCUAUAAUGAUGCAUUCUGUGUCGGCCAUGAGGGUGUUUUUGGCACGAUAAAUGGUCUGCGUUUAGGUAGGGUUCCUGGUGUACCUGUGGAAUGGGCAGAAAUUAACGCGGCCUGGGGCCAGACACUACUGCUACUGUACACCAUCGCCAGGAAACUUGACUACACCUUUGAGAAUUAUCGCCUCAUCCCGAUGGGGUCUUUCUCUCGUAUCGAACGUACAACAGGAGACAAAUCGGCGUAUGAGCUCUAUGGUUCAGGCGACCUUCAUCUUGGGAGAUUAUUGCACAAUCGCCGUUUUGACUUCGCCAUGGUUGCCUUUCUGGAUUGUCUCAAGCAACUUGUGGACCUUGUCAAAUCUCAAGAUCCUCAAACGGACUUCCCACAUCAGAUCGUGAAAGAUAAAAUUGGGGAGGCUUCAGUGAAAUUGCAGUUCAAUCAGGAGGAAGCAUGGACACGCGCUUUGCGCCACGUCCUCUUGGCCCUCAAGAUCCUGCUGAAGUGGACUACAAGUGGAAGCAACGGAUAG